CGGCUGUGGGGGUGGAAGGCGGAGUUCAGACCAAUAAAGUCCUCUCUGAGACAACGGUGGAGUCAGAAGUUGUUCUCACUUUAACAGGAAUAAAGAGUGUAUUGUCAUUUACACUGCGGACCAACCCCUGGAAACUCGUUUGGACGCCGGUGAAAAGCGGACUAACAAGUGAGCAGUUUCACCUGCGGGACAAGUCACCUCGCGAUAGGUGCUGUAGACUGUAAAAUGAAGCACCUCUCAUUAUUGUGCAUGUAUGCACUGGUGACCUUGUAUGGCAAUAAGGGCGUGCUGUCCCGGGCUCCCUCCUACGGUGAACGGGGCUCUGAUCUUGGCAUACAGGUAUUUCAGCAAGUAGUCCGCUCCAAGCCCCUGGAAAACGUGGUGCUUUCACCCCACGGGGUAGCUUCCAUCCUUGGGAUGUUGCUACCAGGAGCCCAUGGAGAGACUCGGAAGCAGGUCUUGAACGCUCUUCGUUACAAGAGAAGUGGUCCGUACAAAAUGUUGAAGAAGCUGCACAAGACCUUGAUUGCUAAAUCCAACAAGGACAUUGUGCUGAUAAGCAACGGCAUGUUCACCCAGGAGGGCUUCCCCAUGAAGGAGGCCUUUGUAGACACCAACAAAGUCAACUUCCAAUGUGAGAGCAGGACCCUGAACUUCAACAACUCCCGUGGGGCAGCAGAUGAAAUCAAUGAAUGGAUCAAGAAUAAGACCAAAGGUCACAUCCCCAGCUUGAUCAAAGCAGACAUGCUGGACUCAGGUCUGACCCGUCUAGUCGCUGUCAACUCAAUCUACUUCAAAGGCUCAUGGAAGUCUCGCUUCCAGGCUGAGAACACCAAGAUGAGGCCCUUCAACUCGGGCAAUGGAAAGAUUUAUAAAGUUCCAAUGAUGUCCCAACUGUCGGUCUUCAACAUGGGCAUUGCCACCACACCCCAGGGACUGAAAUACAAGGUGAUUGAGUUGCCCUACCACGGCAACACGAUCAGCAUGCUGAUUGUUCUGCCCAUUGAAGAGGACACGCCUCUGUCCCGUGUUAUCCCACACAUCAGCACAGCCACGGUGCAGAACUGGGCCAAACUGAUGCACAUGAGAAAAGUCCGCCUGCUCAUCCCCAAGUUUACUGCUGAUGAAGAGGUAGAUUUGAAAGCCCCCCUUACAGCACUGGGAAUAACAAACAUGUUCAGUCAGGGCAAAGCCGACUUCAGACACCUCAGUGCUGAACCUGUGUAUGUAUCAAAGGCCCUCCAGAAAGCCAAAGUUGUGGUGAAUGAAGAUGGAACAAAAGCAGCAGCUGCCACUACUGCCAUUUUGCUAGCUCGGUCCUCUCCGCCUUGGGUUACAGUGGACAGACCUUUCCUCUUCCUCAUCAGACAUAACCCAACAGGUACCGUUCUCUUUAUGGGCCAGAUCAACCAGCCUUGAGCCCAGCCAUCACUGGCCAGCCCCUGGUAGCAUCGUAGGCCAGCACGGGAAAUGCUUCUACACUGCCACGCAUGAACACACACAUGUACACACCCCCACAUACACACACACACACACACCAACUUUGCUGUAGACUUAUGUACAUUGUGGACAUAUGUUAAAUGUUUUUAAAUAUUGCAUUUUAUGUUACCAAUUUUCUGUAAUGCAUAACAUGCUUUUUGAAAUGUUCUGCAGACUAAAUUUUCCAGCUGUUUUAAAUUUUUUGUGUACUUCUUUGUUUUGAAUUUAUUCCAUUUUUAAGACUUUGAAUGUCAAUUGUGUAUUUUCUCAUGUCUGGUUUAUCGUGUCAGCGUUUCAGUUCUCCAUCUUAAGUCAUGUCACUCCAGUCAGUUCGAAAUUUCACUCCUACGUUAUGGCAAUGUACAUCACAUCUUCAACAGCUCGCAUUCAGCAACUUUACAAUAAUUGUUUCCCUCAUUGAAGAAGACUUAUGUUAUCAUACUUGCUUCAUGUUUGUUCCAAUCAAUACAUAUAUUUAUAACAAGAAA